UAUUCCAUUAUUUGACUGACGAUGCUGAAGAGCGUAAUAUUGCAAAAAUGAUUAUCAGCCCCAGUGGCUUUGGAGGCUUUAUUUGAGACACACGACAUCAAGUGACUUGUUUUUUUGCUUUUCAAUUUGUCUUCGUCAUUGAACCAAAACCUCACGGCAAGUGUUUAUAAAAAUGACAGACGGUGAAUAACCUUGGCACAGAGUUUUUGAUUUAAUUAUAGAGAGCUGCCCAUGCCAUGUCCAUCCCGUAUUGUUUUCUAGCGCAGCAUGGAUUUGGCUUCUAGGCCUGGUUAGUUAUGCACACAUGGAUAUAGGAUUUCAUUUGUUCCAUUGACCAAAUCUCAGGUUCACUUUGCUUACAUAAAUACAUAUUGGCUGCUGCACCCGCCCAGCUACUGCCCAGAUCUCCGGUCUCUAAAGCUCACAGCACACAUUUACACGCCCUCACCUUUGAUCCAGCAAAUAUCCCUGAUCCUCCAAUUGAUCCAUCGCUGACGGGCUUUCACUAUUUCACUCCCUCCCUCCUCCCUCUGUGGGUUUCUUUUUUCUUUUUGUGGGGUCUCCCCUACCCUCUGGCAAUUCAAGCCUCAGAUUCCACAGUCAUGGCUGCAGCGCGAGCUAUUAAUACAGUUUGUUUAGCCAGUUUCCUAGCAGGCUGCAUCAAACACUGGAUGGCUGUGGCUGAUUAUAGCCGGGACUCGUUCCCCUACACCUGCUGAGUCGGAGAAAUCCAAGUUAACGGUGGGACUCUGGCAGCAGCUCAAUGAGAGGGACAGGAAUUUGGGAACUUUGACUGCUUCCAUGUCACCUUGACUGAAAGGAGGCGAAAAUAGUUACAUUGCAAGCUCUUCGCAAAAAUGGGGGACGACCGACCUUUUGUGUGCAACGCUCAUGGCUGUGGACAGAGGUUUACCAAUGAGGACCACUUGGCUGUACACAAACACAAGCAUGAGAUGACUCUGAAAUUUGGACCAGCCAGGACUGACUCUGUCAUUAUUGCAGACCAGACUCCGACUCCCACCCGCUUCCUAAAGAACUGCGAGGAGGUCGGUCUGUUUAACGAGCUGGACAACUCCUUCAAUCACGACGAUGAUGAAAAGAGAGCAAAGAACUCUCACCCUGCUCCUAACUCAGUGGCUGUGGACAUGAGAAUGCAGGCCUCAUCAGAGGUGAAGGUGAAGGAAGAGGAACCUGUAGAGGUGGACUCCUCGCCGCCAAGCAGCCCCGACUCCUUCUCUGAUGAUUCAGACUACAGCAUAGAGCCUCAGGACACACCACCCAGGAGUUCAGCCCCCACCCCGACUAUUAUGCGUCCAGGUUCCCUCCCACUACACCUGGGCUUUGAUGGCUUUCACCCCACCAUGCCGUCUCCCACCUCCGUCAUCACACAAACCCCGCCCUCCAAUCGUACCCUGUGUUCGCCGACCAGCCACUACCCCAUGAUGAUGCUUCCCUCUGGUCAGGCCGUGCCUUUGCUCCCUGGUCCAAUGCACAUACCUUCUGUCAUUAACCUGGCCCGCCCCAUGUGCAUGGUACCCAACAUUCCUGGGAUGCCCGGCCCCCCUCUGGGAGGCAGCAGCAGUGGCUCUAACUCCCCCUCUGGCUACAGCAUCCACUCAGAGGCCAAGAUGCGUCUGAAGGCUGCCCUGUCACAGCACAGCCCCUUAGGGUACAGCAUGGGGGCCAUGUCCAUGGGAGGCAGCCCCAUGGCCCCUCAGAGGGCGGAGCACAGCCAGCUGCUGGUCCAACAUCCAGACGCUCCAUCACCUGCACAGCCUCAGGUAUCUCCAGCGCAGCCUACAGGUGGGCGUCGGCGGCGGACGGGAGAAGACGACCCCGACGAGCGAAGGCAGCGCUUCCUCGAGAGGAAUCGGGCCGCGGCAUCGCGCUGCAGACAGAAACGCAAAAUGUGGGUCAGCUCUCUGGAGAAGAAGGCCGAGGAGCUCUGCAACAUGAACGUCUCACUGUCGAACGAAGUGUCCAUGUUGCGAAACGAGGUGGCUCACUUGAAGCAGCUGCUGCUGGCCCACAAAGACUGUCCUGUGACGAAUCUACAGAAGAAGACCGCCUACUUAGCUGUGGAAGAGAGCAUGAAAGACAUCUCGGAGCCGACGGGGUCCCCUGCCCCGGUGAUCCAGCACAGCUCCCUGGCACACAGCCCCUCCGCAGGGCACAACGGUCUGAGCAGGGCAGCAGCGGAGGCCAUGGCCAUGUCCGUGCUGGCAGGGAUGGGCCAGCACCAGAGGUCUGAGAGCGGACCCUCUCACAUUAUCAUGGCUGCACAGUCUCAGUCGGCUGCCAGAUGAUGAGCGAUGCCGCCACGGCCCAGACUUGGCUCACACUCGUCACCCAGGGGUAGGAAAGAGCAGCGGACACCCCCCCCCCCCCCCCCCCACCCCCCCAACUUCCCCCGAAGGCCAAGUUUCUCCUCGCCCCCGCGGCUGCCUCCUCCGCUCUCUGACCCUCCUGUGGAGCCGUCACGCUGCGGCCUGGAGCUCAGCAACAGCCUUCUGGGAAUGGACUGAGACCUUUUUGAGAGAGCUUCCCGUUCACUUUGCCAUAGACUACAGGGGCUGGACUCCAAACUUCAUCCUCCCCUCCCCUCCUCUGUGCUUCCCCCCCCUUCAUCUCUCCUUCCCCCCUCAGUUUAAAUGACCUCUUCACUGGACUGUAGGACUGCAUCGCUCUGAGUGUCGUAAUGAACUCUCCACACGGACACAGAUUCUAGCACACAGGUGUUGCACAAACCUCGUCGAUCAAAUCAGAUACCAAACAACACGCAGGGCUUUACACUGUUUUCAGCAGGGAAUUGUGCCUCACACACACCCACACGCCAUCACAGCACACAUCCUCCAAAGAUGCAGUAGCUGUCUAGACGUCAGUGACUCAGAUCUGACGUUAAACCUUUUGUACACGGUUCCACAUCAAGGUGAUCUCAACAUGGACCCAAAAACCUUACCUCAAUUACUCCCCUUUAUUAGAAAAUUCAUAAACGGUGUGCGUGAUUAGCUCUGUGUGUAUAUAUUGAUGUACUUAGCAGUUUGCCUACUCCUGAUCUGAUUCAUUAAUAGCUGGAUUGUUAGCAUGUGAAUUUUUUCUAUAGUGUGUUCUUGAUACAGCUAUGUGCAGCUAUACUUUUUAACCAAUUGGCACAUCCUCCCAGAUAAGUCCAAAACUAGUUGGAUUGACAGAGUAUGAUCUUUACAUCUGUUCUAACCUGAAGGGAUAAGCCCCUCCUCCUCCUCCUCCUCCUCCUCCUCCUUUCCUCUUCAACAGUUCUUCUGGUUACUGGUUUUCUAAGUGGACGCCUUUUCCAUUUGAUAUGAGGUAUUCUAGUGGCUGUGUUUCUCGGUGUGUGGGCCCUGGACUUACUGUAACUGUUAUUUUCACACUUCUCAGGAUGGUUGCACAUCCUUGCUGCUCGUUGGAAGUGCGAUGAACCCCUUAAUCUCUCUGCUCUUUACCAAACCUAAACCAAGCCAUAAUGACUACAAAUCAGAUGUCUGAAUCUCCAAAGACCACCCUGUGUACGUGUGUUAGGGGGCAGGAAGUAAAUAGCCUGACUGUUAUGUUGUAUUCAGAGCUCACAGUCUCUGCAGUAUAUCACUGCCUUUUACUUGCACUUACACUCUCACACAAAAUGUCUGAUCAUUUUUUGCCUUAAAACCACAUUGGUGCCUCCCAUACCACCCCCNNNNCCCUCCCUAGAACAGAUUUGCUCCUGAGCCAUACAACAAUAUAUAUCUUCUUAACUUCAUCAAAUGAAAAACAACUAAUAAGGAACCAAAAAUCCCUUAUUUAGGAUUAUUUAAAACCUUUAAAAGAAGUGACAACUCUCUUCCAGUGACACAAAUGAUCCAGUACUUGUCUGUCAUCUGGUGGAGAGACUCAGAUAAGACAUCCAAGCUUCGAGGGAAGAACACUUUUGGAUAUCUUGUGACUGAACAUUUCUUUAGAAAUCCCACUAAGAUAUAUUUUACAUAAACUCCUAAACAAGCGGUUUUCUUUUCAUGUUGUCUUCCUGCAUAUUGUUCUUUUAUCUGAUAUGAUCAAUCGUAUAUUUGAAAGAUGUGAUAUUUCAAAAACCUGUCCAUCAACAUAAGGGCAUGUCUUUAUGCACUAAGAUAAUGCAAGUUUCCUAGUUUUUAUAUCCAUUUAAAAUUCUCUUGGUCUUUUCCAGAGAUAUCAGAUGUUCAGAGUCUCCUCUCUGUAAUGUAUACGUUAAUGGGAAUUUGCUCUGCAACUUUAAACGUUUUCACCUUUGACUGAACCUCUUGUCCUACAGUCCCAAUGGCGACCCCGGCAUUUUGUUGUACUUCAGAGCUGGCGCUAUAUUUGGCUGGCAGUCGCUUAUAGACGAUUGUUCGUAUGAAAUGAAAAGUCAAACUAUAUUUAGCUUUCAUGUUUUCAUAUCAUUCAUGUCAUUGGCACCUUUUUCUGUCAGUUUUUGUUUUCUUUUGUGUCUUUUUUUCAGCACAAUACAACCUUUGUCAUUAUGCUUCUGAUUGUACUGAUGAAUAUAGAAACAAAUUUCCUUAAAACACAUUUAUUUUUUGUUCGAGAAAUGUCAGUCCUUUUUCAAAAAGCGAUUUGGAUCUUCUUUGUUAUAUCUUAAAAGAUAAAUUUGGUCGUGUCUUUCUAACUUAUUUUUCUAAUUGGUCAACUAACAAACGCCAUUACAGUCUCUGGCAUAUUAAAGUUACCUAGGAUGGUUGUGAAAAGAGCAUUUAAGGAAAGAUGCAACAAUGUGAAAGUUGCACAUAGCAUACUCAUGUUUGUUCACACUCCCAUCGUUGGACUGAUGAUUUCGGAAAUUGUCCUUGUACAUAUCUGUACUAUAUGAAUAUAUUUACUUUUCCAUGCAUGUCCAAGUGGAAUACUAUGAACACUUACAGUGCUGCAGUUUUAAUUAAAGAAACUACAUGUUAAUGAACAGUUA